UGCCCGUGGCACCUUUGUGGUGGAGCGUGCAUUCGGAGCUGGUUUCACGAGAAACCUCUUCAAGAGCAGACAGUUCGAGGGAACUCCAAGUGCUAGAGUCUUUGAUCUCUAUGAGAAUAUGAAUGAGCUUACAGUAGUACUAGACGUAAGGGUGGAUAGAGCUUGUAUACGACUGAUUGUGAACGCAUGGAUGGAACUAUUUGAGUUCUAA